UUAGACACAGCACAGCAUCACGUACUAGCAUAGUGUAGAAAUAUAGUAGUAUUUGCAAACAGGUUCGGUGUGUAUUCUCACAGAUUCAUCACAUUCCCACCACACCACCCCACCCUCCUUUUUCUCUCUCUAAAACCCCACCCCUGACCUCUCUAUCUCUCUCUGUAUUUGCCCUGCUUUUACCCUUUUUUCUCUCUCUAGUUUUCACUCUCUUAAUCUCAGCUCUUCAUUUUGAUCCCAAAAGCAACACGCUCCAUUGCUGCAAUUCUUCGAACCUUAUCAGAAAUCCAUCUACAGCUUCUAUGGAUCUCCUCGAAUCUUCACUAAUCUGCAAGGCCUUAAACAUUCAGAUCUGAAGCUUUGUGAGGAGCUCUUUGGUUUUUCUGAUGAUGGUUCAUGAGGUAAAUGAACUUAUUGUUGAAAGUAACGGCUAAGUUGGAGUUAUAAUCCGAUCUCUAAGGGUUUUGGGAACUUUUCAUUUUGAAACGUCUGUUCUUGACCCGUCAUUUCAAGUUCAGCUUCUCUAUUUGGGGUUGGUGUCUGUUGGAAAACCCAGAAAAUGCAGAGACCUCCGCAGGAAGAUUUCUCCCUUAAGGAGACCAACCCCCACCUCGGCGGCGGGAAGGUCACCGGCGAUAAGCUCACAAGCACCUAUGACCUUGUCGAGCAAAUGCAAUACCUCUAUGUUCGGGUUGUAAAAGCAAAGGAAUUGCCUGCGAAGGAUGUUACUGGUAGUUGUGACCCUUAUGUUGAGGUUAGGCUCGGAAACUAUAAGGGUACAACCCGUCAUUUUGAGAAAAAAUCGAACCCUGAAUGGAACCAGGUGUUUGCUUUCUCCAAAGAUCGGAUUCAAGCUUCAGUGCUUGAGGUUACUGUCAAGGAUAAAGAUGUUGUGAAGGAUGAUUUUAUGGGUCGGGUUUUGUUUGAUCUUAACGAGAUCCCGAAACGUGUUCCGCCUGAUAGUCCUCUGGCACCGCAGUGGUAUAGAUUGGAAGACAGGAAGAAUGAUAAGGUUAAAGGAGAGCUGAUGCUGGCAGUCUGGAUGGGUACUCAAGCAGAUGAAGCGUUUCCUGAAGCGUGGCAUUCUGAUGCUGCGACUGUUAGUGGAGCUGACGGUCUUGCAAACAUCCGGUCGAAGGUGUAUCUGUCGCCAAAGCUUUGGUAUCUCAGAGUUAAUGUGAUUGAAGCUCAGGAUUUGCAACCAAGUAAUAUGAAUAAGUUCCCAGAAGUUUUUGUGAAGGCUAUCCUUGGCAAUCAGGCUUUGAGAACUCGAAUUUCAAUGAGCAAGACCAUCAAUCCGAUGUGGAAUGAGGAUUUGAUGUUCGUAGCUGCAGAACCAUUCGAAGAGCCCUUGAUUUUGAGUGUGGAAGACAGAGUUGCACCCAACAAAGACGAAGUUUUGGGGAGGUGUAUAAUUCCUCUACAGUAUUUGGACAGGAGGUUAGAUCAUAAAGGUGUGAACAGUAGGUGGUUCAAUCUUGAGAAACAUGUUGUGGUGGAGGGGGAAAAGAAGAAGGAAGUCAAAUUUGCUAGUAGGAUUCAUAUGAGGAUUUGCUUGGAAGGUGGUUAUCAUGUUCUGGAUGAAUCAACCCACUACAGUAGUGAUCUUAGACCAACAGCAAAGCAGUUAUGGAAGUCCAGCAUUGGGGUUUUGGAAUUGGGGAUCUUGAAUGCUCACGGGUUGUCACCAAUGAAGACCAAAGACGGGCGAGCAACGACCGAUGCUUAUUGUGUGGCCAAAUACGGGCAGAAGUGGGUCCGGACAAGGACAAUUAUAGAUAGCUUUGCUCCAAAGUGGAAUGAGCAAUAUACUUGGGAGGUUUUUGAUCCGUGUACUGUUAUAACCAUUGGGGUGUUUGAUAACUGUCAUCUGCAUGGAGGUGAAAAAGCUGGAGGGACAAGGGAUUCAAGGAUUGGAAAGGUCAGGAUUCGUCUUUCUACCCUUGAAACUGACCGUGUUUACACUCAUUCUUAUCCACUUUUGGUUUUGCAUCCAACUGGAGUGAAGAAAAUGGGUGAAAUCCAUUUAGCUGUGAGGUUUACUUGCUCAUCUUUGCUUAAUAUGAUGCAUAUGUACUCACAACCACUGUUGCCAAAAAUGCAUUAUCUUCAUCCAUUAACGGUCAGCCAACUUGAGAGCUUGAGGCACCAGGCGACUCAAAUUGUUUCAAUGCGGUUGAGUCGUGCUGAGCCGCCAUUGAGAAAAGAGGUGGUUGAGUAUAUGCUGGACGUGAGUUCCCACAUGUGGAGUAUGAGAAGAAGCAAAGCCAAUUUUUUUAGAAUUAUGGGUGUUUUGAGUGGGUUAAUCGCUGUUGGGAAAUGGUUUGAUCAGAUAUGCAAUUGGAAGAAUCCCAUUACCACAGUUCUGAUACACAUCCUGUUCUUAAUACUGGUUUUGUAUCCAGAGCUUAUUUUACCCACCAUUUUCCUCUAUCUUUUCUUGAUUGGAGUUUGGUACUACAGGUGGAGGCCAAGGCAUCCUCCCCAUAUGGACACUCGUCUCUCUUGUGCAGAUAAUGCACAUCCUGAUGAACUGGAUGAAGAAUUUGAUACAUUCCCCACUUCCCGACCUGCUGAUAUUGUGAGGAUGAGAUAUGAUCGUUUGAGAAGCAUUGCCGGGAGGAUUCAGACGGUGGUUGGAGACCUGGCGACUCAAGGGGAAAGGCUGCAGUCUUUGCUGAGCUGGAGAGAUCCUAGAGCUACAGCCCUGUUUGUGAUUUUCUGUUUGGUUGCUGCAAUCGUUCUGUAUGUUACACCAUUCCAAGUUGUGGCCCUUCUAACAGGAUUUUACGUGUUAAGACAUCCAAGGUUUCGCCAUAAGCUUCCUUCAGUGCCCCUCAAUUUCUUCCGGAGGUUGCCGGCUAGAACUGAUUGCAUGUUAUGAACCAAGCCACAGUUUCAGCUGCAAUGCCUUGGAAGCAGUUUUCCAUUGGAUUUGUCCCCUUUGUCUUUUCAGUAUGUGGAGAAGCUUUGGAAACAACGGAGCUUGUUUAUUGUUCUUUCUGUCACCUAGAGGUGAAUUCAGUGCCUGGUACGGUGUCUAAACCUCUGCCCUGAAACUAGUAGAUUUUGUGGAUUUGUAAUUCGACUUUUAUGUCAUUUAUAGGAUUUAAGUUUUUCAAACUUAAAUCUAUGGUAAUCGGUCCAUGUUGAUUUAUAAUUUUGAAGGGUUGUGAUUUGAUUUAAA